AUGACAGCCAAAAACGAAUGCGAAGUCUACGAUAUUUCCAAAAACAAACUGGUUUCUAUCCCAAGUAUGAAUGAGAAUAGACAGGAAAAUGCUGCUGUUUCCUACAACGGUGUAGUUUAUUCAGUGGGUGGAAGUGAAUUGAACACGGCAGAAUGUUAUGAUCCUGCCAGUAAGCGAUGGAGUUACAUAGCACCAAUGAAUUAUGAUCUGGAAGAUUUUGGCAUUUGCACGUACAAUGGUCUAAUUUAUGUUCUUGGUGGAAAGUUCAAUUUCAUAGUAGAAAGCUAUGAUCCUGCAACUAACAAAUGGCACUUGUGUCAGGAUAUCCCUGUGGAUAUGACUUUAUAUUCCAAUCGGGCGACAGUGGCAGAAAAUUGUAUAUACAGUCUAACUCAAAAAUCUAAUGGUAAUUCACUUUUUCGCUUUGACCCGAGAAAUGGAAAAUGGUAUAAUUUACAUAAGAUGCUACGCCCAUCUGGUCAAUACGAACUCAUCUCAUAUGAUCGAACAUUGUUUGCCAUUGGAGCAAAAGACUGCAAACGACUCGACAUACGGGUGAAGAAAUGGGAACCUAUUCCUUCCAUGUUGUCUAAUAGGUAUGGUUUCUCGGCCGUAAUAGCCGCAAAAGACAUUUAUGUGUUGGGCGGUAGAGAAAGACGUAGCCCAGAAUUGAUUACAAGUGUGGAACGCCUUAACAUAGAUAAUAAUGAGUGGACAACAGUCAAUUCAAUACAAAUUGAAAACUAUUCCGUGGGAACUGCAAUUUUCAGCGGAGAUUUUGAUUUUAAUAAGAAUAUAUAUUAG